CCCCUUUCGGAAGGUGGCUGGGCGCUUCCUUCUCUACCUUAUUUCUCCCGCUCUGCCCCCCCCCCCGCUCUUCCUCGGCAUUCGCUCGCGGUCGCGUCACCCGCCGCGAGCGCGAGCUUCGGCCAGGCAAGUAAGCAGGCAGGCAGGCAGGCGAGCGAUCGAGGCGAAGAGACGGCAGCAGCCGCAGCCAAGAUGGAGUCGCGGCUGGCGCGGCUGCAACUGCAGGGAGCGAACCAGCGCGCCUAGGGCUCCCUGCCUGCCUGCUACCUGCCGAGCUCCUUGCCCCAUGGCCUGGCCUCUCGGCGGUCCACCGUCGGGUUUACCCUCGGCCGGCGCCGCGGGGCUCCCGGGUCCAGCCCUUUGCCAGUGAGGAGGUGCUUGCGCCGCCGCCGCCGCCCGCCCGCGCCGGUGCGCCCCUCUCCGUGUCGCCGCCGGGGCCCCGCGCUCUGUGCCGCCUGGCAGGAUGCUCCCGUCGCAGGAGGCCUCCAAGCUGUAUCAUGACAACUACAUGCGGAACUCGCGGGCCAUCGGCGUACUCUGGGCCAUCUUCACCAUCUGCUUCGCCAUCAUCAACGUGGUGGUCUUCAUCCAGCCCUACUGGAUCGGCGACAGCGUCAGCACGCCCAAACCGGGCUACUUCGGCCUCUUCCACUACUGCGUGGGCAACGAGGGCAACAACCGCGAGCUCACCUGCCACGGCUCCUUUGCAGACUUCCGCAGCAUCCCCUCGGGAGCCUUCAAGGCGGCCUCCUUCUUCGUGCUGCUCUCCAUGGUGCUGAUCCUGGGCUGCAUCACUUGCUUCUCCCUCUUUUUCUUCUGCAACACGGCCACCGUCUACAAGAUCUGUGCCUGGAUGCAGCUGCUGGCAGCUCUCUGCCUGGUGCUGGGCUGCAUGAUAUUCCCAGAUGGCUGGGAUUCAGAGACCGUCAGGGACAUGUGUGGGGAGAAGACAGGGAAGUACUCGCUGGGUGACUGCUCUGUGCGCUGGGCUUACAUCCUAGCCAUCAUUGGCAUCUUGAAUGCCCUCAUCCUCUCCUUCCUGGCCUUUGUCCUCGGCAACCGGCAGAAUGACCUGCUUCACGAGGAGCUCAAAACAGAAAACAAAGAUUUUGUUGGCACUGCGAGGAUAUAAUGUAGAAGAGGCAGGAGGGCCCCUCUCUCACUGGGAUCUGGAUUGGACUCUCUCAUCCUUCCCUCCCCACCUCCCUCCCUGCCUUUCUUUUGCUGCUGCCAACCGGGGAAAACAUCCAACUCAAAGCCUCAGAAUUUGCCGACCUCACCUGUGCACCACUUCCGGAAACACGUUCAGCCCUCAUGAUUUGCCAGCUUUGGCCUCUGUUCCCUCUGCUGAUUGGCUGCCGAUGGAGGGAAGUUUGACACAGAUAGCCCUACCCACCUUGAACCUACUGCAUUUGGGGGAAAGGAAAUGCAUACGCUGCAGCCUGGUGUUUCAAAACAAUGACAUCCCUGGGAUUUUUAACACAUUCUUUUCAAGGGGAUCCCAACCUUUCCAGGAAAAGCUUCCAGAACGCUCCCCAGUACCCUUCUCCCCAAGAACCAACCAAGAACUGGUGCCAAGAUACAACUGCUGUCAUAGACGCAGCCAGGGCCACCUCCUUGCCUCGCCUUUCUCCAUUUUUAACCUGUCAGCAACUUUGCCCACCCUUAGGCCCAUCUGGGGCCGCCCAGCACCUGAGACUGGCCCAUUUGAUACUUUUACAUGUAAAUUUAAAUUGUAUCUGAACAGGGUAAGGUGAGCCUGAAUCCCUCUUCCCUUUGGGGAUUUCAGCCACCAGAACUUUUGCAUUCUCCACUCAUUCUGCCCAGGUAAUGCAGCCGUAACCUUGAAGCGUGUGGAAGAGAGGACAGGGGAGGGGGUGAGGUUGGACAGCUGGCUUUUCUCUCUGCUUGCCGUGGGGUGCUACACAAUCUCAGCCUGCAGGGUGACUCCUCUUAACGUUAAAUGUAACCCUGGGCCAGGUCCCGCACCCACAAAAGCAAAUAACGGACGGGGCUGCAGUGAGAGGUGGGAAGCAAUACGUUCCUCUUGAUUGCCGACAGGGCCAGCUCCCCGUAAGGCUCCAGCCACAGUUCUGUUCCGAGGUUUGUGCCAAAUCACAUUUCCUUCUAACAUGGGGUGCUUCACUUCCCUCGUUGGGAGCAACCCUGCAGCCCAGGGGGAGCAUGGUAGGAAGCAGGGCAGAGCAGGGUUCCACCUCCACUACUUGGGUAGGCAAGAGGAAUUCCUGGCUGCAGGAAUUAGCAUGAGUGCCCUCAGUAUCCUGUGUUAUAGACCCAAGUGUCCUGAGAGGCAAAUGUCAGCAAAGAACUUCACAGCCUCCUCCCUACCCACUCCAGAACUGUGCUGUCCCACACACGCCCGGUCUUGGUGACACUGAGGACCGGGACAGAAAUGUGUUGUCCUAAGCGUUUGGGCAACUGUGCCCCUCCAAGACAGUAGUGUAAUAGCUAACCCAGUCCCCACGGUUUGAGCUGAAUAGCAAGAUAGUUCCACUGGUGCAGCUAUUUUGCACUAUCUGGCAUAAUGAAGACUACAGUAUAAAAAUGCACAGUUGAAGACUAAAAAAUGCACUGUCACUCCUCUCAUAAGCUGAAGCAGAACCAGGCUUCAGGGCAGAGCUAGGCCUCAAACACAUACACACCAGAAAGAGAGACUUCCAGAGCAGGGUGAACCCCAACCUUGUUUCGCGCUAAAAUGUGGCCCCAAGGUGGUGACACGGAUCAACACCAUUUCAGCCCAUGCAAAAGCCCCCCCCUUCCUUUCUCACAUUAUAAAAGCCAGUAGGCCCAUGAAGUGAAAGUGUAGGAGCCUUGGCAAUAGACCCAGGAACACCUCCCAACCUGAAAAUAACCAAGGGCCUGUAGAAGCGGACAAACAGAGCUAGAAAGGGUAAGGAGGAGAGUGAGAAGAAAAGGAGGCUAUGUGAUAGAAGGAAAAGCUAGGAGGGAGUGCAGAGAGGGCCAGACAAUCCCAAUGACAUCCAACACUGUAGGAAAAAGAUAAAAGGCCCCAUCUGCACUAUAUAUUUAAAGCUGUAUUAUACCACUUUAAACAGUCAUGAUGCCCCCCCCAAAGAAUCCUGGGAACUGUAGUUUGUUAAGUGUACCAAGCGUUUUUAGGAGACCCCUAUUCCCCUAUUGGAGCUCUUAGUUCCCAGAAUGGUUUAAAUAAUCAAUCCCUCUUCCCAGGGAACUCUGGGAAUUGUAGCUCCGUGAGGUGAAAAGGAGGGGUCUCCUAACAACUCUCAGUACCCUUAA